AUGUUUACGCCAACCAUAUGCAAGGUGCGCUGCAGCCUGGACCGAUGCGUCAACUACUGCGAGAGAGGCAACGUGACCACGCUGUACAGCAGCAGCGAGGCGGCGUUGGCGGCGGCGACGGCGUUAGCAGGAGGAAGACGAGACGGCUCCCAUGGACCGGGCUUCAGAGUCUUCCUCUGUCCUCUGCUCUGUAAGAACGGAGGCAUCUGCCUGCAGAAAGAUCGUUGCAUCUGUCCGCCAAACUUCACCGGAAAGUUCUGCCAGAUCCCCGUCAGCCCGACAGCCGUCGCCGCGGCCACCGCUGCUGCCACCGCCGCCGCCGCCGCCUCGCCGUCCUCCACCAAUGAGAUCGUCAAGCCUGCGAUGCUCUCCGCCCGUCAGGAGCUGACUCAGUCUGAGUUCCUGCUGCCGCUGGGGGGGCAAAGCCAGCAGGUUGGGAGGCCUGGAGCUCCCGGCCCCUCCAUGGUGAAGGUCAUGGUGCAGCACCCCCCCGAGGCCAGCGUGAAGAUCCACCAGGUGCGGAAGGUGUCUGGAUUCAGCCCCACGCUGCGGACGCUCUCCUCCAGCUCACACUCGGGGUCGGCAGGUGCUCCGGCCCCAGCGGCCCUGGCAGCCCCAGCAGCCCCGGCCCCAGCAGCCCCGGCGGCGGUGGUGGCAGGGAUCCAGGCCCAGACGGUGACGGGCGACGGCACGUACACCCAGUACUCCGGGUUCAAGUACUGCUUCAGAGAAGUCAAAGACGGACAGUGCAGCUCUCCUCUGCCUGGACUGAGGAGUAGAGAUACCUGCUGCAGAGGCAUCGGGAAAGCCUGGGGGACCACGGACUGUGUCCUCUGUCCUCCUAAUACAGGUCAAAUCAACAGCAGCUGUCCUGUUGGGUUUGAGAGAGGAAACGGGACACAGUGUGUGGAUGUGAAUGAGUGCCUCCAGCCGGGGCUGUGUGAGAACGGGAUCUGUGUGAACACCGGGGGGAGCUAUAGCUGUGUGUGUAGGGCGGGGUUCAUCCUCGACGCCUCACAUGGAAUCUGCAUCUCUCAGAGCGUGAUCUCAGACGAGAAGGGUCAGUGUUUCCGCGUCCUGGGUGCGGGUCAGGGUCCGUCCUCCUGCUCCCUGCCCAUCCUCAGGAACAUCACCAAGCAGAUCUGCUGCUGCAGCCGAGUCGGCAAAGCCUGGGGGCCCAACUGCCAGAGAUGUCCUUACUUUGGUUCAGUGGCCUUUAAGGAGAUCUGUCCAGCAGGUCCCGGUUACCACUACUCCGCUUCAGCCCUGCAGUUCAACCAGAGAGCCACGGAGCAGCUGGGGGGCCGAGGAGCUCAGCUGGUAACCCACGGCAACCAGGAUACCCAAGGUGCCGGUUCUGGGUUCAAUAGCAGUGCUGGAGCCUCCAGGUCUCAGCAGACACCCACUUCCUCUGGAGCAACAGCAGGUGAGCCUCCGCCCCAGCUGCCUCGUCCUCAGCAGCCUCGUCCUCAGCCUCCACCCCAGCAGCCUCGUCCUCAGCCUCCGCCUCAGCAGCCUCGUCCUCAGCAGCCUCGUCCUCAGCAGCCUCAGCUUCGUCCUCAGCAGCCUCCUCCUCAGACUCAGCAGCCUCGUCCUCAGCCUCCACCUCAGCAGCCUCAGCCUCGUCCUCAGCCUCAGCAGCCACAUUAUCAGCCUACACCUCAGCAGCCUCGUCCUCAGCAGCCUCAACCUCGUCCUCAGCCUCCACCUCAGCAGCCGCAGCCUCGUCCUCAGCAGCCGCAUCAUCAGCCUACACCACAGCAGCCUCGUCCUCAGCAGCCUCAGCCUCGUCCUCAUCAGCCUACACCACAGCAGCCUCGUCCUCAGCAGCCUCAGCCUCGUCCCCAUCAGCCUACACCACAGCAGCCUCGUCCUCAGCAGCCUCAACCUCGUCCCCAGCCUCCACCUCAGCAGCCUCAGCCCCGUCCGGCCGGUAGCCCUUCAUCCUACAGGCCUGUGGAGCCUGGCCGGCCCCACCUCCCGGUUGAGCCGGAUGAGUCACCAGCUCGAGGGGACUCUCUCCCCGCUCCGCUCCAGCCACAGAGCCCUGAGCGUGGGUCGAGGCCCAGCGGAGAGACCGUCAGCGUGACGAGCCGGCCGACCCGAGUCCAGCCAGUGCGAGGUGUGUGUGAGAGCAGACCCGGUGUGUGUGGACGCGGCCGCUGCGUGGAUCAGCCUGGUGGGAAAUACACCUGUGUGUGUGAUCAGGGAUACCAGCCCAACGCCCAGCGCACGUACUGCCAAGAUGUGAACGAGUGUGUGCAGUCUCCAGGUGUGUGUGCGGUGGGAGAGUGUGUGAACAACGUCGGCAGCUACAGGUGCGUGUGUCCCGCCGGAUACCGGAGCAGCAGCAGCCAGCAGACCAGUUGCCACGACAUCGACGAGUGCCAGCAGAAUCCCUGCAGCAACGGUCGCUGUGACAACACGCCCGGCAGCUACAGGUGUGUCUGUCGCCUUGGUUACAGGCUCAGCGGCAACACCUGCACAGAUAUAGACGAGUGUGAGGAUCCUCUGCAGUGUCCGGGUCAGCAGUGCAGAAACACUCCCGGCUCUUAUCUCUGCGUCUCCUGUCAGCCUGGAUACAGACUGGUCAACAGCAUCUGUACAGACAUCGACGAGUGCCGCCAGACUUCCUGCCUCAACGGCCGCUGUGAAAACACACCUGGAAGCUACCGAUGCACCUGUCACUAUGGUUACAAGCUCCAGAACAACACCUGUGCAGAUGUGGAUGAGUGUGCAGAGCCGUCUCAGUGUCCGGGUCAGAUGUGUGUGAACACUGAUGGAUCGUACCGCUGUGUGUCCUGCCAACCAGGAUACACACUGACCAACAGACAGUGUACAGAUAUAGACGAGUGUACAAAUGACGUGUGUGAUGCAGAGCAGGUGUGUGUGAACACGUUCGGCUCGUACAGAUGUGAGUGUCUGCCCGGGUAUCGAACCUCCGGCCUGGGGAGGCAGUGCAGAGACAUUAACGAGUGUCUGGAGGGUGACUUCUGUUUCCCCAGAGGAGAGUGUAUGAACACGGCGGGAUCCUACACGUGUGUGUGCUCACAAGGAUUCAAACUGAGCGACAACAAGACCGCCUGCCUCGAUGUGGAUGAGUGUCUGAGGUCAGGUCUGUGUGUAGAUGGUCGCUGCGUGAACACUGAAGGCUCCUUCGAGUGUGAGUGUCAAACCGGCUUCACCGCCAACCCUGAGAAGACGACCUGCCUCGAUGUAGAUGAGUGUGUUUCAUCUGGAGGUUCAGUUUGUGGGUCAGAGCGAUGUGAGAAUACGAUUGGUUCGUACCAAUGCCUCACUUCCUGUGAGGCGGGCUACCAGGUCUCUUCGUCAGGCAGGUGUGCAGACGUUAACGAGUGUGUGAACCAGACGGUGUGUGGAGCUCACGCUGUGUGUCAGAACCUGGAGGGAACCUACCUGUGUGUGUGUGACCGCGGCUUCACCUCCACCGCCGACGGGAAGGCCUGCGUGGAUGAGGACGAGUGUGUGACUCUGCCAGGUGUGUGUGGUUCGGCUCGCUGUGAGAACGUGGAAGGAUCCUUCAUGUGUGAGUGUGACAGACGAGGGGACGAGUUCGACACCGGCACCAGGACGUGUGUCAACACUGCACCACCAGAUUCAUUUCAAGCUGUCCCCGACUACCCCCCCGACUACCGCCCCGACUACCGCCCCGUCCCGCCCCCCGACCGCCCCCCCGUCCACCCGCCGCCCCCCUCCUCCUCCUUCCCGGUCAGCGUGGUGGACCUGCCCCCCCUCCCCCCCCCGCAGCCCGGAGAGCUGAGGGAGUGCUACUACAACCUGGCGGAGAGAGGAACCUGCAGCCUGCUGGCCACCAACACCAGCCAGCAGGAGUGCUGCUGCACGGUGGGAGAGGCCUGGGGGAUGGGCUGCCAGUACCACACCUGCCCCCCCCCACAAACAGCCGAGUUUCGGUCUCUGUGUCCCAGUGGGAAAGGAUAUCUGACCACAGUGGGAGGUGCCUUCAGCUACCGAGAUGUGGACGAGUGUAAGCGUUUCUAUCCAGAGGUUUGUAAGAACGGCGUGUGUGUUAAUAACAUCCCCGGAUACAGCUGCUACUGCCCCAAUGGAUACGUCUAUAACAGCACACUGCUGGAGUGUGUGGAUCAUGAUGAGUGUGAGGAGGAGAGUUGUGUAGGAGGAGUGUGUGUGAACACAGUUGGUUCGUAUUACUGCAGCUGUCCUCCUCAUCUGGUUCUCGACGACACACAACGAAACUGUGUCAACUCCUCCCACCUCACUGUGGAUGAGAACCAGUCACUCUGCUGGCAGCACGUCAACGCAGACCUCAUGUGUCAGAGUCCGCUGAUCGGAGGUCAUGUCACCUUCACGGACUGCUGCUGUCUGUAUGGGGAGGGCUGGGGGUUGGAGUGUGCUCUGUGCCCACCCCCCGACACCGAGGAAUACGCCAACCUGUGCAGUUCGUUCCCUCCUUUGUAUCCGGAGAGGUUUCCAGACGCAGGAGGACCAGAAGUGAGACCAGGAGCUGGACGAGGACGAGGAGGAGGAGGAGGAGGAGGAAGAGGAGGAGGACUUCAAGACUUCAGCCGCCCGGACUAUGACGAUUACUCUCCAGCAGGGGGCAGCAGGUCUGGCUUCAGAGGGAGGACGCCUGCCACCUUCAGCCUGCCUGACGGGUCCUACGGCAGGUCGGACUACGGUACUGGUUACUACUCUGAAGGAGACUACAGCCCCCCCGACGGCUCCCCACCCAGAACCCCCUCCUUCCGCCUGCCCCCGGACCCCCGAGCAGAGACAGGCUUCGGUGCUCGGCCCCCUCCUCCGUCCAGGCCCGACGGUCCUCCUCUGAGCCUGGCCCCGCUGGCUGGAGACCCCUACGAGGACGAGGAGGAGGACGAGGAGGAGGCGUGGAGGCCCGGUCCGCCUUUCCCUCCCUUCACUGAGAGGAGAGGAGGAGGAGGAGGAGGAGAGGGAGCGCCGAGGAGAGUCUAUGAGAGGCGUUACGAGUCCUACGCCGGCCUGAGCACCGCAGAGGAUUGUGGGAUACUGCACGGCUGCGAGAACGGCAGGUGCAUCCGCGUCGCCGAGGGUUACACCUGUGACUGUUACCAAGGUUACGAGCUGGACAUGACCUCCAUGACAUGUAUAGAUAUAAACGAGUGUGAGGACAGCGCCAGCGUGGAGUUCCCGUGUGUGAACGCUCGCUGUGUGAACACUGAAGGAUCUUUCCGCUGCGUCUGCAGGAGAGGAUACAUCAUGUCCCGCAGACCCAACCACUGUGUGGCAGCGUAGACCGGACCGGACCGAACCGGAGACUGGACGGGACUAAACUAGCUUGGGUUUUACUACAGGACUAGAUUAGACUAACUGGACUUGACCGGGCUAAGAUGUACUGGCCUAGAAUACUGAGUAGAUGGUGUGAAACUGGUUAAGCUGGUUAAACGACACAAAGGUUACACCAGUUCACGCCUGAUUGAAGUCAAACUGAAAUUUAAAUCCUACAUAUAAAUAUUUGUUUUGUGGAAGGAAACAAUGAUAUUAAUAAAUCUGCAUAUAUUUCACAGAGGAUACAACAUUUAUUAGACAUUGUUAUGGAAACGGUGUCUAAGCUGUUCCCAUGGUAACAGCUGACUGACAUUUAUAAGCGUUGCUAUGA